AAGGCGGGAUACGCCGUGGUUACAUCAUGGGAUACCGUGGAGGCAAACGCCUUGCCUCCAAAUACCUCUGCACAGAAAGCUGAGCUUAUUGCGCUGACCCGAGCUCUCCAUUUGGCAAAAGGAAAGAUAGCCACUAUAUACACGGAUUCGAAGUACGCCUUUGGAGUCUUACAUGCCCACGGAGCUAUAUGGAAAGAGAAAGGACUCUUAACGGCAAGUAAAAGCCCAGUAAAGCAUGGAACAGAAAUCCUGAAAUUACUUGAAGCCGUGAUGGAACCACUAGAGGUAGCUGUGGUGCACUGUAAGGCCCAUCAAAAGGGAGAUGCUGACGUUAUUAAAGGAAAUCGACGAGCAGAUGCUGCGGCGAAAAAGGCAGCUAGAGGACCAGUUCAAGAGACUCAAAUGUUGGCAUUGAUGCCUCAGGUAGUGUUACCUGAGGAACCUCCCAAAUAUACUGAAAAAGAGAACCAACUAGCAGAGAAAUUGGGAAGCAAAGAACAACAAGAUGGAUGGUGGGUUUUGCCUGAGGGACAAGUCCUGAUGCCAAAACUGAUUCUUAGCAAAGUGCUCCAAGAGUACCACCAGAGCACCCAUAUGGGAGCUGACGCCAUGGCCCAAGGUCUCCAAAGAAUUGUAGUGGGGCCUAAGAUGAGAAAAACAGCAGAACAAAUAGUGCGUAGAUGCCCUGUCUGUUGUGCCAACAAUCCUAAGAUUUCCCCCAAACCUCCACCAGGAGCAGGAAGGCAAGGACUAUUAGCAGGAGAAUGUUGGCAGAUAGAUUUCUCUGAAGUUCCCAGAAAGGGACACUACAAAUACCUGUUAGUGCUCGUGAACACUCUGACUGGAUGGACUGAGGCCUUCCCGUGCCCAACCAACCAAGCAAAAGAAGUGGUCCGGGUGAAGCUAAAAGAAAUGAUUCCACGAUUCAGAAUCCCAGAGGGAUUAGCCUCGGAUCGAGGGCCACACUUUGUGUCGGAGGUGACCCAGGCAGUUUCCUGGGCUCUGGGGAUACAAUGGGACCUUCACACAGCAUGGAGACCACAGUCAAGUGGACAGGUGGAAUGAAUGAAUCAGACUCUAAAAAGACAGCUGGCUAAACUUUGCCAGGAAACUCAGUUGAAAUGGCCUGAAGCUCUGCCUCUUGCCUUGCUUAGAGUGCGCAUAGCCCCUAGAGCUAAAUUGGGAGUUAGUCCAUUUGAAUUAAUGUAUGGCAAGCCAUAUCCUAAGAAUCCAGUGGUGACGCAUGGGAGUCAAAUGCAUGUAAAAGGGGAAGAUUGAGUAAAAGAUUAUUUGUAUUCUUUGUCUGCUGUAUUGUCUUCUCUCCACAGGUAUGUCCAGGAACGACUUCCACUCCCUCUAGAUACACCAGUCCACAAGUUCCAGAUCGGAGACAAGGUACUGGUCCGGACAUGGAAAGACGAGCCGCUUCAGCCCAGGUGGAAGGGACCGUAUCCUGUGAUUCUUACUACUCACGCUGCAGUGAAGGUUCAGGGGGUAAAACCGUGGAUACACUACACUCGGGUGAAGGCUGCACCAGAAGUACCACCUGCAGGAGAAGUUGCUGAGAGUGUCGCACCGGAAGCCAACACAAACGGACACCGUUGGACAGCAGAGCCAGUAGAAGGACUUAAAUUUCUGUUUAAAUGUCAACCAUGUGGAAAGUAGUUCUUUGCAUAGGUGUAAUGUUUCUAGAGUCUAAGGGGUUGGUGCAUCAAAGGUUCGAGAAGAGUCAAAAUGUGUGGGUUCAUUUGGCAAAGGACGUAUUAAAUGUCACUCAUUUUUGUUUGGCAGGUGGAAUAUCAGUUGAUGAUAUUUUCACGUCAUGCCUUGUAGGGGUGCCCACUCCAUUGGAAGCACUCCAGAAUCAGACUUGGUUCACAUCUGGGGGAAUAGGAGGUCCAAUCAAUUACACUAACAACUCCAUGUGGGGAACCAUUACCACAGAAAAAACAAAAAUUUUCAAUUGCUCAGACAUGACUAAUGUAUCUUGCAACUACGUUCAUGUUAUAUUACCCCGGGGGUGGUUCCUCCUUUGUGGGAAGACUGCCUAUUCAUAUAUCCCAGCCAAUGCCACAGGAGGCCCUUGUGCUCUAGGCCGGUUGACUGUCUGGCUACCAGGUAUGCCUAAGAUCUCUAGUAAGCGUCAUUGGAGAGGUUUGAAGGUGCUAGAUGAAUCCUGUGAUAGUGACAUAAACCUCCUGAGUGAGGCCGAGGUAGUGUCCUUAGCAGUUUUCCUAGUAGGGGUGCCAGGCCUAGUAGUGGACGCUGAGAGGCAGCUUGGUAAGGUGGCCUGUGCCCUGGCAAAGGGCCUAAAUACAACUUCACAGGCCCUAGCUGCCCUCAAUAUUGAAAUGAAAGAACUAA